ACACUAGUUGACCGGUGCUCUCUCUCCUUUUAAAAACUUCGAGUUUGUAUAUAAGAUCUCUGGACGUAGUGCAACUAGCUUCCUGUAGUAGUCUGCUUCUGUAGCUAUCAUGGGAAUGCUUGACAAUAUCAAUUGAAUGACUUUUCACAGUGAGCAAUGGAGGAGCCGCUGUCCCCUCGAGAGUCUGGUCAGUUUGUGGCAGAGCACAGUUGUGAUGUCUUCGUGGAUGAAGAGGGUGUUAAACACGUGGCACAGAUGAUCUAUGAGCUCCGCCACAGUGAAGAGUUUACGGCCAGUGGCUGGAAGGCAAUGAAUCCACUGGCUCCUCCACCGGACUCAGACGAGGCCAUCAAUUGGGUGUUUGUGACGGACACCAUGAACUUUUCCUUCUGGCCGGACAGAGAGGAAGAACAAUGUGAGGUCACAUGCAGGGGAAGCACCUAUCGAGGGUACAUGUCUCUCUGUGCAGCUGUCACCAGAGCUAUGGAUGAAGGAGUGCCCAUCACAAGCCCCGCCUACUUCUCUCAGAUCAGUGAGGCCGAGUUGGCGCGUGUCCUACGUUCAGACAGCGCAACAGCAAUGCCCAUGCUGAAAGAGCGUCACCAGGCUCUAACUGAAGCUGGACGAGUGCUCAUGGAGCAAGGCGGAUCUUUCCGCAAAUUCAUGAGUCAUUGUGAGAAUGAUGCUGAGAAGAUGAUGAAGUAUAUUGUGCAGAAUAUACCAUCAUACAGAGAUGAAGCCACCUACGAGGGUAAGCGGAUUUCAUUUUACAAGAGGGCUCAAAUCCUUGUGGCAGACUUCUGGGGCAUCAUGGAUGCCCGAAGGGAGGGGAACAUCCCUAACCUUGACUACCUGACCAUGUUCGCCGACUACAGAGUACCACAAGGCCUUGUAUACCUUGGGGCUUUACGCUACUCUGAUGCCCUCAUGGAGGCAUUGAAGAAUGGUGAAUUGUUGUGCUCAGGUGAGCGGCGAGAGGUGGAGAUCAGGGGUUGCUCCAUUUGGUGUGUGGAGAGAAUCAGACAGCAUCUGUGGAAGCUUGUGGAAGAAAGAGAUGGGAAGAGCUGUCACAUCAAUUCGGCUCUUAUUGACUUUUAUCUGUGGCCAUAUGCUAAAAAACAUCACAAAGAAAUGGCACACAUUCCUAUACAUCACACACGCUGUGUCUACUAUUGACAACAUGAAUCAUAGAUCCAUGUCUUUAUCCAAGUUUAUAUUUUGACUUCAUGCUGUUUAUACCUUUGAAUAAAGUUAUAAAGAGUGGGUGGUAUAUAAUUAUUUCUUUGUUAUCAAGAAAAAAACGGAAUAUUUUUUUUUUUAUAUAAAUAGUUUUAUAAGAAUGAGGAGAAGAAAGAAGAAGCCUGCCUUUGAGUUACAC